AUGGAAGAACAAACACAAACAGUUAUUGAUCAAAAUGUUGUUGAAACAUCACCAACCAUUUCUGCACCUACUGCUAUGAUUAGCGCAGAGGCGCCAAUUAUAUUUUCUAAAGCGUGUGAAAUCUUUAUAACAGAAAUUACCAUGAGAGCUUGGAUUCACGCAGAAGAAAAUAAACGGCGUACAUUACAACGAAGUGACGUUGCAUCAGCUGUCAAUAGAUCUGAUCAAUUCGAUUUUUUGAUAGACAUUGUUCCUAGAGAAGAAAUGGCAAAAACUGUAAAUAGAAGACAAAAGGAAGAAACUUCUACAGAACAAGUUUUCAGCGAUCAAAAUGUCUCGGCAUAUUACACACAACAACCUGGUCUUCAAUUCACAUCAGAAAAUGAAACUAGUUAUUUCCAACAAUCAAAUAAUUAG